AUGUCCUGCCAGCAGAGCCAGCAGCAGUGCCAGCCCCCUCCCAAGUGUGCCCCCAAGUGCCCUCCCAAGUGCCAGACACCAAAGUGUCCCCCUAAGUGUCCCCCUAAGUGUCCCCCUGUCUCUUCCUGCUGCAGUCUGGGUUCCGGGGGCUGCUGUGGUUCCAGUUCUGGGGGCUGCUGUGGUUCAAGCUCCAGAGGCUGCUGCAGCUCUGGCGGUGGUGGCUGCUGCCUGAGCCACCACAGGCCCCGCAGAUCUCUCCGUCGCAGACACCAGAGCUCUGGAUGCUGUAGCAGUGGUGGCAGCAGUGGUGGCAGUGGGUGCUGUGGCGGCAGCGGUGGCAGCAGUGGUGGCAGUGGGUGCUGUGGCAGCAGCGGGGGCAGCAGCUGUGGCAGUAGCCAGCAGUCUGGGGGCUGCUGCUGA